UUAGAGCUGCUUUGCAUCUUAAGAACCAUUCAUUUUGAUGCUGGGGUUCUUCAGUGCAUCGAACAAACUAGAACACAAGUUAGCAAUACAAGAGGAGACUAAAUUAGGAGACAACUCACUCAGGGUCACUGGGGCUGUGGGAGUAGAGGCAAAAAAUGCUUUACUAAUAGUUUCUGUUCAGUUUCUGGAAAAAGAGCCUAAAUUGGAAAUGGGCUGAGCACCCAAAGUCAGUUAAAUCCUAUGAUAAUGCUAACGGUCAGUCAAAGUAGUUAAUGUCGCAUAGCUUCAAACCUACCAUUCUCAAUUCUAUCUUCAUACUUGGUCUCUCAUUGCAGUUUUCAGAGCGUAAUAUUUCAUGUGUUACACUAUGACUCAAAGCAUCAAAUAACUGCAAGAAUACAUGACAUUUACUGGUUCAUUGAUUGAUAGUAACAUUUCCAUCGGAAAAGAAAGAUCAAAUCUUUAAUGGCAAGACCUGGCAACAAGAUCAUCCAUGCCAAGAUGGUACUAGUCGGGGACAUGGGAACUGGAAAAACCAGCUUGGUCCUGAGAUUUGUAAAAGGUCAAUUUUUUCAGCACCAGGAACCCACUGUUGGUGCUGCUUUCUUUACUCAAAUAUUGUCUUUGCCUGAGGCCACUUUGAAAUUUGAUAUAUGGGACACUGCUGGACAGGAAAGAUACCAUAGCUUAGCUCCAAUGUAUUACCGGGGUGCAGCAGCAGCCAUUGUUGUCUAUGACAUCACAAGCAUGGACACCUUUUUACGUGCAAAAAAGUGGGUCGAAGAAUUAAAAAGACAAGGUAAUCCGAAUCUCGUGAUGGCUUUGGUGGCAAAUAAACAAGAUUUGGAACCCAAUAGGGAGGUCAACUUUGAGGAAGGCGAGCAAUUCUCAGAAGAAAAUGGGAUGUUCUUCACAGAAACAUCAGCAAAAACUGCCCUUAAUAUCAACGAGCUCUUUUAUGAAAUGGCAAAACGAUUGGCAAAAGCAGCGCCUUUGCAGCCAACAGGAAUACGUCUGCAAAGCAACACACGGAGUCGGAGAGCCUUUUUUUGUUGCUCCCGAUGACAUUUAUUUUGUUUCUGCUGUCAUGAAGAGCAAUCCAUUUCAACCCCAUGCUUUUUAAUGUUGAAAGCUGUUGAUCGCUGUAUUGAAGAACCAUGUCAAAACUCGGCAUUGUUGACUGAUAAGAAUUUAAUUUUGAUACAUUAUCUGAUUUUUGUUUGGUGCUGA